AUGAAUUUGUUCAAUAAUUUGCCUCUUCACAAAGUUAACUUCAGACUUGAGUAACAUCAAGCAAAUCCAUAUGCUUUAUCAGCAGGAGAAAAUGCUUAAAUUGAAGAAUCAGAUGCCAAAGAUAGAGACGCUAAAAAGAGACAAAAAGUUGAAGAUUUCUUAACAUAAACAAAAAUGAAUGUUUACAGAAAGGAGCAAUCAGAUAAAAGAGAAAAAAUGGAAGUCUAUUAGGAAACCGCGUAAAAAAUAAAGAAACUGCUUAGUGAAACGAUUGAAUUUUCACAAAAGACAGUAAACAUUGCAGCUCAGCAUAAAAGACAUUAACUAACCGAAAAUUCGUAAGAGAAUUUGAGAGAUAGGCCAAUUAGAGACUUAAUUGGAGGGGAGAGUACUAAUUCUGGGAAAAUUAGAUUCGAUCCAAGAGCAAGUAGUACAGAGUUCAGAGGAUUCGGUAGAUCAACUGCACAGAAUGACUCUAAAAGUCAACAAUAGAUGCAUGUAGUUGAACAUUCAGAACAUGAAUCAGAAAUAAAUGUAGAUAUUGGAUCUCCUUAGAUAAAUAAGGCAUUAAAAGAAAUUCUCAAAGCAAGACAUUACUUAUCUAAACAUCAACACUUUGGCCUCGACAAUAACAUUGUGAAUAUUGGAGAUGACUCUUAAAUGAUGAAUAUCCAAGAGGGAUAGGAAUCAAAUAACUAAAUCACAAGUCCCUAAAAUAUUGACAAAGACUUAGACCUUCUCAAAAAUAUUAUUACAGAUUAUGCUGUGACAAUUGGCCAAUUAAAGCCAAGAGAUUUCAAUGCAGAUCUUCCAAUUCUAUCUACUCUUGGAGCUGAGAAUUAUGAUAAGAUUGAUGACAUUGAUUCUAUGACAUUAUAGCUAGAAACUGCAUUAAAGAAAUUUGUGAAAGAUUGGAAAACUCUUGAUUAAAAAAAGAUUAACUACCUAAUGAAGUUCGGUAUUGUUCAAGAAGUAAUGAAAGUAGAAGAAAGAAAAGCAGUGAGAAGAGAAGCAGCUCAUUUGAGAGCUUAGUAAUAGUUAGAAUAAUAGUAAAAUCCUCCAUAAAGUCCCGAGAAAAAGAAUAAGAAUAGUGAUUUAGCAGGUUUAUAGUCAUCAGGCCAUAAAACAAUGCAAAGCUAUUCUCCAGGAUUUACUUAAUCAAGAUAGGUAUUUGCGAAUUAGACUAGCCUCUAAAAGCGAGCAAGAGAGGGCUCAAUAAUGACUGAAUUAUCAAAAUCUGGAGCAUUAGCUACGACAACUGGAAAUUUUGGUGGCAAAGAUAAUCUUAAACAGUCUUCUAACUAGUAAUACUAAUCUACAUAAAGUUAAUAAAAGGUAUUAUUCGACAAUGUUGCCAAAUCAGCAAACAAAUACCAGAAAGAUGCAUCUAUUGAUCUUUCACAAGGAGGAGCAAAGUCAACAACAUCAUAUCACAGACCUUUAUCUUCGACAGGAUUCAUGAAGAAAGAUGCCCCAACUAUUGGAAACCCUUUAAUGAUGAAAAUGGAUAGGCAAUCUAAAUCUAACUUAAAGAGUGCCUUAAGAUCAUCCUCAGGUCAUGAAACAUCAUCUAAGCAAUCAAGAGGCUAUAAAACCUUUUCAGGAAAAUCCAAGCUAGAAGAAGAUUUUGAAGCAAUGUCAAUCGAAGAAAUUGAUGUUUUGAUUGAAAAGGCAUAGAGAGAAAUUGAUUAAGCUCUUGACAUUAGAAGAAGAAUACUAAGACAUAAAAUGUUAACAAAGAAAAUUAAACAGAAGAAGCUCGAACCAGUUGAGAGAGUUUUAACUGACUUGAGACAAAGAGUGCAGAAACUAGAAAUUAUCAAGGAUGCAAAGAUUCCAUUCUACGAGAAAUUGCCCAAAGAUUCACCAUUUUACAAGCAUUACAUGAGUGUACUAUAUGCUGCAAGAAUGCAGGAAGCAACUACCAAAAAGGUUGUUUAGGAUAGAAAUCUCUUCAUAAAUGUAGCUAAACAGAUCCCUAACUACAAACUCACUGAAAAAAAAUUGCAUGCAGAGACCAAUGAGUGA